CCAUCCCGGCCUUCGCGUGCCCCUUCCCGCCGCCUCCCCAAGGGAUGCCCUUCUCCAGCCGUUGUCGCGCUUCCGAAACCUUCCGUGCCCCCCCCUCGUCCGGACCCCCACUCCCACCCCUGGCUCGGGCAGCAUCCCCUAGCUGCCCUCCGCCCACGCACCGCCUGACUCCGAGGGGCGCGGGCGCAUUGGGCUGCGCCCGCGUGGGGGCGCCGCGCCAGCCUCGCGUCGCCGUUCUGACGCCGCCGUCGCCGCCGCCCUCCGCAGCCCAGCCGGCACCCGCGCCAGCUCUGCAGUGCACUCGUCGCCUCCCGGGCCGGUCCCACCGAGAGUCAGCCUAGCGCGCCGGGAGGAGCCCGCCUCGAACGCCCUGCACGAGGGUCAUGAGCCAGAGCGCCCCGGGGCGCCGCGCCGAGAGCCAGCGGAGGUAGCGGCCCAAGCUGCCCUGACGCGCGCCCGCCGCGUCCCCAGACCUUCCUGUCCUUUCCUCCCGUCCGGUCGCCGCCAUGGCCACCCUGCUCCGCAGCAAGCUGACCAACGUGGCCACGUCCGUGUCCAACAAGUCCCAGGCCAAGGUGAGCGGCAUGUUUGCCAGGAUGGGCUUUCAGGCGGCCACGGAUGAGGAGGCGGUGGGCUUCGCUCACUGCGACGACCUGGACUUCGAGCACCGCCAGGGCCUGCAGAUGGACAUCCUGAAGUCCGAGGGCGAGCCCUGCGGGGACGAGGGCGCCGAGCCUCCCGUCGAGGGAGACAUCCAUUACCAGCGCGGCGGCGCUCCUCUGCCGCCCUCCGGCUCCAAGGACCAGGCCGUGGGUGGCGAGUUCGGGGGUCACGACAAGCCCAAGAUCACGGCGUGGGAGGCGGGCUGGAACGUGACGAACGCCAUUCAGGGCAUGUUCGUGCUCGGCCUCCCCUACGCCAUCCUCCACGGCGGCUACCUGGGCCUGUUCCUCAUCAUCUUCGCAGCGGUGGUGUGCUGCUACACGGGCAAGAUCCUCAUCGCGUGCCUGUACGAGGAGAACGAAGACGGCGAGGUGGUGCGCGUGAGGGACUCGUACGUGGCCAUUGCGAACGCCUGCUGCGCCCCUCGCUUCCCCACGCUGGGCGGCCGCGUGGUCAACGUGGCGCAGAUCAUCGAGCUGGUGAUGACGUGCAUCCUGUACGUGGUGGUGAGCGGCAACCUCAUGUACAACAGCUUCCCGGGGCUGCCCGUGUCGCAGAAGUCCUGGUCCAUCAUCGCCACGGCGGUGCUGCUGCCCUGUGCCUUCCUGAAGAACCUCAAGGCCGUGUCCAAGUUCAGCCUGCUGUGCACGCUGGCCCACUUCGUUAUCAACAUCCUGGUCAUCGCCUACUGCCUCUCUCGCGCGCGCGACUGGGCCUGGGAGAAGGUGAAGUUCUACAUCGACGUCAAGAAGUUCCCCAUCUCCAUCGGCAUCAUCGUGUUCAGCUACACGUCGCAGAUCUUCCUGCCCUCGCUCGAAGGCAACAUGCAGCAGCCCAGCGAGUUCCACUGCAUGAUGAACUGGACGCACAUCGCCGCCUGCGUGCUCAAGGGCCUCUUCGCGCUCGUCGCCUACCUCACCUGGGCCGACGAGACCAAGGAGGUGAUCACGGAUAACCUGCCCGGCUCCAUCCGCGCCGUCGUCAACCUCUUCCUGGUGGCCAAGGCGCUGCUCUCCUACCCGCUGCCCUUCUUCGCGGCCGUGGAGGUGCUGGAGAAGUCGCUCUUCCAGGAGGGCAGCCGCGCCUUCUUCCCCGCCUGCUACGGGGGCGACGGGCGCCUCAAGUCCUGGGGGCUGACGCUGCGCUGCGCGCUGGUCGUCUUCACGCUGCUCAUGGCCAUCUACGUGCCGCACUUCGCCCUGCUCAUGGGCCUCACGGGCAGCCUCACCGGAGCCGGCCUCUGCUUCCUGCUGCCCAGCCUCUUCCACCUGCGCCUGCUCUGGCGCAAGCUGCUGUGGCACCAGGUCUUCUUCGACGUGGCCAUCUUCGUCAUCGGCGGCAUCUGCAGCGUGUCCGGCUUCGUGCAUUCACUCGAGGGCCUCAUCGAGGCCUACCGAACCAACGCCGAGGACUAGGGGGCGGGGCCCUGCCCCCUCCCUCCCUCUCCCCCAGCUCCGGCCCCAGCCCGCCCCUCUUCCCCCUCAUCUCCGCCCCCUCUCCCCUCCCCACCUCCGGAGCCCACCUCCCCCAGCCCCGUGCGCCGCCGCGCUAGGGAGGCCGAGCUUUCACCACCUCCGGUUCCUAGUGGCUGAUUCUUCGGGGAUGGGGUGGGGGUGGGGGUGGGGGAGGGGAUAGACGCCCAAGGGCCACCGCGUCUGCGUUUCUGUCGUCCUUUCGAUUCCACGCCACCCCGGUUUGGGGGAAGGGGUAGGGAGCGGAGCGUAUUUGUGAAGGGAGGGUAUUCUCUGUCCCCCCCGGAGCACCUCCACCUCGAAGCUUUGGCUCCAAACACCCGAUGGGGGUGGGAGGGGCGGGGAAAGGGGCGCACGCAGCUCGCAGGCUCGGAAACUUCCCCUGGGGUUGGGGUGGGGGACAUUUCACAGCCAUUCAGCGCUCGGAAUCUACAGCGCCCAGCCCAUCUCCAGCAAGAGCGCUCCCCAUGCCCUAGACAUUUUCAACUUUGCGGCCUGAAAGGCUGACCGGGAAAUCCAUUUCGUGCGGGCGACUUCCAUCCGGAGAAGCCGCGGCAGGGGCCGUUUUUUUUGCCUGCCAGUUUUCAGGAACCCAAAACUCAUCUUGUGCAAUGUAUCUGGUUGUGGAACUGUAUUCUGUGCGUGUGGUGUGCUCGUGGUGAAUAAGAUGAAAUGUAUAUCAGAAAAAAAAAUCUAUCUCUAAUUUAGAGUGCGGUGCAUAAUAAUUAUAUCCGCAAAUAAAGAAGAAACAAAGGCG